AGAUUAAUCGCCCCUCGUGGACAAUUAGUAUUUUAUUUUGAAGAAUACUAUUCUACUCUCCCUGUCUGUAUUGUAAAAAAUUCUACUUUUUAACUCAACACAAGAAAAAAUUUCGCAAAUUAAAAAAAUAGUAAAUCUUUGAGGUCCGAGCGGUAAUAGUCAAAAAGCUAUACUCCUACGCGGAAUAAUGGUGUAGAUCGUGAUAACUUCCAUUCUGUCAAAGAGGCUGCAUUGUGUAUGUAAACACGCCAACCUACAAGCCAAAACAGAUUUCAAUUGCGCGAUCGAAAAGGAAUCUUUAAAAAAGUCUGCCUUCAAAAUAGGUUUGAACCUGAAGGGAAAGAAUACUUUGUAGCUCCACCUAAGGUUUUGACAUAGAUUGCAAUUCACGAAUGUGAUAUUAUAGUCUGAGCCAUUAUAUAAAGAGAACCCAAGCAGAAAGCGGUAAGGAAGAUCACCUUGAUUUUUGUGUUGUUUUACUUGUAGGCGUAAAUCCAAACAAUUUUGUAGUAAAAGUAGUUGAUAACUGUGAUUUAAACACAAACAGCCUAGAUGGAAAAGGUAGUCUCCAUUAUGUGAACACAUUAUAUAUUCAAUGUGAUGUACAUGUUGACAACACGGUUACCAUUGAUAGUAAUCUAGUGGAACCUAAACAGUAUAAAAGAUCGAGAAAGCGUCGCUUUCGUUUAAGUGACCAGAAUAAUAACACAAAAAGUGUAACUAUAACGCUUGGACUACAAACAAAUGAUCAAAAUAUACAUACUAAUGAUAAUAACUCAUCAAUCAGUUGUAAUAAUCCAAUAACAGUAUCAAGAUCAACUACUUUAAUUUAUGUGCCGGAAUUAUUUUUACAUGGAUUAACCUUUACAAAUUUAGCUACAUCUUUACAACCAAUGCCAUUGUUAUCAGGAUAUUUCUCCAAAUAUAUUCUUCCUCAAGAAUCGAUACCACGCUCAACCUUUGUUUACGGUUGUCCGAUCACACAUGUUGCUAGUUCAAAUGAAGCUAUAGAAGAAAUAUUAACAACAACAAAACAAGCAAUUCUUGAUUCAAAUCAUCAGCAGGAAGCCUGUAUCGUUUGCGAUGAAUCAAUAUACAAAUCA